AUGGGGAUCGGGGCAGUAUUAUUGCAAACUUAUCCAGAUGGAAAAGAACGACCAGUGGCGUAUUUAUCGAAAAAAUUCACCCUGAGACCUCAAAACUGGUGUACAAUUGAACAAGAACCACAGAAGAGCACGAAAGGUGAGCGUUGGCGAUUGAAACUACAACAAUAUCGUUACACAAUUGAUCAUAUUAGAGGAGACGAUAAUGCAAUGCCCGAUUAUUUGUCCAGAUCUCCCGUCGAUCAGGGUGAAGAAGAUCCGGAUGAUUAUGUUCAAUUGAUGUCAACGGCAACACAAACAGAAGACAUUAUUGUGAUGGAUACGUCAACACCACAAAUUGUGGCGGCUGUAACAACUCGUGCUCAAGCAAACAAAAUACAGACUAAAGCUCCUCAUGUGCGAGAUGAAGAGCCAGGACAAACGAAAAUUACACCAAAAAUAGGUCUUCAUGUACCAGAUGAAGAGACAGACAAUAAAAAUAAGCAGCAAACAACAGUGAAGAUCGAUGAUAAUAUGAUUAUUCCAUUUACAGAGGAAGAUAUGCGUGAACAACAACGUUCAGAUUAUCACAUACAACAUAUCGUAACCAAUAUAAAAAAAUAUAACAAGAAAUUCGUUAUCCUAGAUGAUAUACCCUAUAAAAAAAAUUCCAGUGCGGCACUGCCAGUGCGCACCGGUGCGCAUGGCAUGCCAUCGGUCACUGGCACUGGUUGGCACCGAUAUCACCAACAUCGGGAUAUAUCACCUACAUAUCGUCAAUUAUCAAAUCCAACAUCAGAACAUCAACGAACAUCGAAUUCAAUAUUCAAACAUCAGUCAUCCUCAAGAUCACUACCGAAACAUCGACAUGAAAUACAACAACCACAAACAGCAAAGAAACGCGCGUUAACGCCAACGACGAGAAAAUCAAGAAAACGAACUAAAACAAUUAGAUCCAUCUUAUCGUGGUAUAAUGAUCGACACCCACACACCGAAGAAUGUCAACGACAAAAACCGAUCCACAACAACGAUUGUCUCUGUCCACGUACUCAUCGUCCAUACAAGGCAGCUAAUGACCAGUGGGGUCUUCAGAUGGCCAUAGCAAGAACAUUUGGCCAAUAUUUAGAUAAAUCAAGCACAUUGGCAAAUUGGGCAGUUGGACUUGAUACGGUCUUGGGUGCUUAUAUGUCGCCACAAGAACGUGAACGAUUAAUGCAGCAACAGGUUCGAAAUUAUGAUCAAACAUUUACGGAUAUGGUUCUUCAUGUUCAAAAUGAAGAACCAGCCGUACAAGAUCAACAACAGCAAACCGAUAAUCAGGACGAACCAUCGCCACAAGUCCUACAGCAAGAUCACGAUUCAAUGAAUUUAGAUCUAGUUCUUCAUGUACAAAAUGAAGAACCAUUGGAACAAACAGCAGAAGAAGAAGAUAAUCAUCAUUAUGUACAAGGUCACCAACAACCACACUUACAAUGCAAAAUCGUUAUACCACCAAGAUCAAAAAUCGUCAACAUAUCGCAUUUACAACCCAAAGUAGUCAAACAACGUACACAAUAUGAACAGAAGAUAAAAAACCGAAAAGGAAGCCACUGGAGUCGACGAAACCGAUAUCGAUGGGAGAUGAUACGACAAGUAUUCAACGACAAGACUCAAGGUAUUGGUUUUUCAACAACAAUGGUCAAACAAAUUUUACGUUCAAUGGGUAUACGGUAUACAAACAUCAAUAUGGUUGGACAAACAUUGUUUAUUGGUACAACCCUAGAUCGAUUCUUAUAUAAGAAUCUUACCAGAAACCUAUAA